AUGUGCCUGCUGGGCCUUGAGUGGCCUGAGCCCAUCAUGGAGAUCUCACUCCUCUUUGUUAAUGAGACACAUCCAGAAGGUGAAGGGAAGGGUUUACGAGCUUCUGAGAAAGGCGUUUUGGGAGAAGGGUCCUUUUUGCAGCUUCUCGUCUAUGUGGACAGUCAUUCCGUUUUCCUCCUGAUGGUGUGGGAGGAGGACUGUACUCCUGGAGAUGAGGCAUCUACAAGGCAAAAAAAAUCCUACACAGGUCUAGUCCCUGAGCCUCUGCCUUUAUCCCUGCGCCCCUUUUCUCCUGGGAUUGGGAGCGGGAAGCAGCCGCUCCACGAAGCCCCUCUAGUGGGCAGGAGAGGACUGGGCGGGACCGCGAGCGAGUCCCAGGCGCCUGCAGCUGCUGCUGGAUUCCCCACUGAUGAACAGGGACGCCGGUCUGCCUUCCCCAGCUUCCCCUAUUCCCUGCCAGGCAGCGUCCCUCGCAGCGAUGUUGGCUGCGACAAGCUUGAUCUGCAGCGAGGACACCAGGUUUUCUCAAUUUCUCCAAAUCCAAGCCCGAGCCUGAGCUCCGACGAGCCCCGGCACUGCUUCCUGCCGCCACCUGCCUCCUCCUCCAGCUCCCGCUAUCUCCCCAGCGCCGGCGCCCUGGGUGGCCACGGUCCCUCCAGCCUCCGCCCCUUGUUGCCGUCUCCAGGGCACCGGACGCCACGCGGGCAGCCGGCCCGGGACGCAGGGAGAUUUCUGAACACGUAUGAGAAGCACUGUGCGCAGUCUCAGACGUCUGUGUGUCCAGCCAUCAAAAGUGACCUGAAAAGCAGCAUUGACAGUGACCAGGUGCUCAGGAAGUUUAUGCUUGUAAGAUCUGAUGACUCCCCACCAAGAAUCCUACCAGUUUCCUUGGAACCUUUGCUCAUGACAAUUCAAGAUGAGUGUUACACACUGGCGAAAGAGAUCUGCAUCUGGGGCCUUCCACUGAGCAACCCAGAGACUGCCAGACUUGCUUUGCUUCUGGAAUCGAAGGAGCACACCACCUGCCCGUUUACCACCCUAGAAAUCAUUGAUUGCAAAAUGAAUCUGUGGUCUCUAGAGCGACUUGGGAAGGCUCUGCGGUUCAGUAGUUUGCGUUCUCUUGUCCUCGAUUACUGCAAAUUUGGAAAGGAAGAACUUGAGAGUAUUUUCUCAGGCCUGGAGAACAACCAAAGGCUUCAAGGCCUCAGUCUGCGUUAUUGUGGUCUGGGACCUCAGAGCAGGCUAAGACUGGGUUUGGUCAUCAGCCAGAGUGCCAUUUGCAAGCUGUACCUUGAAGGCAAUUACUUGGAAUGUUCUGGAGCGCUAGCUCUUCUCAGGCCCAUAGCAGACUCUGCGGAGACACAGGGGAAAGACCGGCUGACCCCAGGCUCACCAGACGCUGGAAAUCCCCCUCAGCGGCUCCAAGCCAAACAGAGAGGAAGUUCAACUUUGAACCAGAUUACAAAAUCGUCUGAAGCUGUAACAGUGAAAACUACUUCAGGGAAGAAAAAGAGAAAAAAAGGAAUCAAGAAGAAAAUUGAAGGUCUGAUGGAAGCUGGUCCUUGGUUAGUGAAGUUGCAUUUGGCAGAUAAUGGCAUAGAUGGAAAAGGAAAAGAAGGAGAAAAUGGUUUGUCGGAAUUCAUUCAAACUUUAACAUACCUGAUCAAAUACUCUGCCCACUUAAGGGAAAUUGACCUUGGAAACAAUGUUCUGGGAGAAAUGGCUGCUGCUGAAAUACUUGAAGCACUGAGAGCCAGAAAGACAGCUACAUGGCGUACAUGUUCCAGUAUGAGCAUGUUCCAGUAUGAACAAGGCCAAAUUCCACAUGACCUCCAAGGAGUAAGACCCCUGGACCACCAGUCAGAGCAGAGAGGACGAGGGAGGCCCUCAGCUGCUGGGGAGUACCUGCUGCACUCAGUCCCCCACCACACUGAGACUGCCCCCUCCUCAGUUUCCAAACAAUUUGAGAUGCAAGUAUGCAGAGCAGAAGGCCUUCCAGACCCUUGUAAACUACCGGUCUUAAAAAUUACAGUCACUCCCCAGAUCUCUUCAGAUACCUUCAGAUCAAUUUGGAAAAAUAGCAAGAAGUCUAAUACUAUCCGUAAAAAGAAGAAAAAGGCUCCAUUGGCCUGGUUACCUUUUGCCCAGGUAUCAGGAGAUGAGGGGAUGGCGAGAGGCUCAGAAUCCAAACUUGACAGAGUAGGUGUCCACCACUAG